GAUAUAAAACCCUGAGACAAGAGGAUGCUACUCUCUCAAACCCGCUGCCAUCUCAGUGGUGGAAAUGUUGGAGUUGGGGAGGGUCGACUUUGAGGUGACAUUGACGCUAUGUAGAUGAGAGUGAGGAUCCUGCGCUCCAUGUUACGUCCCUGCUCGCUUCAACUCAGACGGCGGCAGCUCAUUUCCCCGUCUUCUCUCCCCUCCUCUCUUUCAGCACCACUCCUUUCAGGACAGCACCUCACUCUCAAAGACGCAUUUGUCCACCAUCCUCACCCCUCAGGAUCGUAUAUUUGCUCGCUUUCGUCGGAUGCAAAGUUUUCACCUUGGUUUGAUUCUAAAAGUGCAAGGAAGUAACUUUUCUUAAAAUCCGGAUUUUUCCAUCGGGGAAAUAAUAAAAGGAUUGUAUUGGUCUCUGGACCUCUACUAAGCUAGCCCUGCUUCUGCUCUUGAUCCCUCUCAUCACCCCGAUUAUUCGUCUCCACUCGGCUGUUAUCUGGGAGCUGGGUUUACAGGACGGAGAAGCUGCCGUCUGCCCGGACCGGUGCUGAAACCUCCUCUCCACUGGUCAGGACUAUCCGACACGCACAGUGACCAUGGCCACCAACGGGACCAAAGCCUCUGACGGACACGUCUUAACUGAGACGGUGAACGACGCGCCCACCACCACGCCAAACGACAAACCCAAAACGUUGGUGGUGAAAGUGCAGAAGACGAAAAAUGAGCUACCCGAGAGAGAAACGUGGGGUGGAAAAUUUGACUUUCUUCUGUCUUGUGUCGGAUACGCAAUUGGACUCGGAAAUGUGUGGAGAUUUCCUUAUUUAUGUGGCAAAAACGGAGGAGGGGCCUUCUUGAUUCCCUACUUUUUGACCCUCAUAUUUGCUGGCAUGCCCCUGUUCUUUCUGGAGACGGCUCUUGGUCAGUACACUUCUAUUGGAGGGCUUGGAGUGUGGAAGCUGGCCCCCAUGUUCAAAGGUGUGGGUCUGGCUGCUGCUGUUCUGUCCUUCUGGCUAAAUAUCUAUUACAUUGUAAUCAUUUCCUGGGCUAUUUACUAUCUGUACAACUCCUUCACUGCUGAUCUGCCAUGGCAGAGUUGUGGCAAUCCCUGGAACACAGACCGCUGCUACACCAACUACAGCAUCCCAGACACCAGAAACCUCACCAGUGCAGUGGUGGAGUUUUGGGAACGUAACAUGCACCAGCUGACCGAUGGUCUGGAGAAGCCUGGGGAGGUCAGGGUCCCACUGGCUAUUACACUAGCCAUUGCAUGGGUGCUCGUCUAUUUCUGUAUCUGGAAGGGGGUCAGCUGGACUGGCAAAGUGGUGUACUUCUCAGCCACAUACCCUUACUUCAUGUUGUUCAUCCUGUUUUGCCGUGGCGUCACUCUACCUGGUGCAAUCGAUGGAAUCCUCUUCUAUAUCACACCAGACUUUGAAAAACUUAAGCAGUCUGAGGUGUGGCUGGAUGCUGCCACUCAGAUCUUCUUUUCCUACGGGCUGGGAUUAGGUUCUCUGAUUGCUCUUGGCAGCUACAAUCCCUUCAAAAACAACGUAUACAGAGAUUCUGUCAUUGUCUGCUGCAUCAACUCCUUCACAAGCAUGUUCGCUGGCUUUGUCAUCUUCUCCAUCGUGGGAUUCAUGGCCAAUGUAACAAAGAGACCCAUCGCUGAUGUGGCAGCCUCAGGACCUGGCCUAGCAUUUUUGGCUUAUCCUGAGGCUGUCACCCAGCUGCCCAUCUCUCCUCUCUGGGCCAUUCUCUUUUUCUCCAUGCUGCUGAUGCUGGGAAUUGACAGCCAGUUCUGCACUGUGGAAGGCUUCAUCACUGCACUGGUUGAUGAAUUCCCUCAUAUUCUCCGAAAACGCAGAGAGAUCUUUAUCGCAAUCGUCUGCCUUGUUUCUUACAUCAUUGGACUGUCCAACAUCACACAGGGUGGACUGUACGUGUUUAAGCUAUUCGACUACUACUCAGCUAGUGGAAUGUGCCUGCUUUUCCUGGUCUUCUUUGAGUGUAUCUCAAUUUCAUGGUUUUAUGGUGUGAACAAAUUCUAUGACAACAUUGAGGAAAUGAUUGGCUACAGGCCCUGUAUGUGGUGGAAGGCCUGCUGGGUCGUUUUCACUCCGCUCAUCGUGGCUGGAGUCUUCUUGUUUAGUGCAGUGCAGAUGGUUCCCCUCACCAUGGGUGAAUAUGUGUUCCCAGCCUGGGGCCAGGGGGUUGGCUGGUGCAUGGCCCUCUCCUCAAUGACCCUCAUCCCUGGCUACAUGGGCUACAUGUUCCUCACACUCAAAGGCACAUACAAAGAGCGUCUGCGGAUGAUGAUCAAGCCUGUGGUACUAGUGAAGUCUCAGGAAAAUGGCCCAGACCAGCAGACAGAAAACCAGAGUCAGAACCCUGCCAACGAGGAAGCCUACAUCUAGAAACUUCUGCCUGUCUCUCUGUCUUGACGGCCAGACAGGAGAUCUACACAGAAGAAAUGUAAUCAAGGUUGGGAACGACCACCAGACUUCCAUGUCUGCUUUUAUUCACCUACCUCCUGGGGACACGUGAGAACAACCUGAUUACAGUUAUUUUUAGGGGUUUUUCUGUUUGUUUAUUUGUAUAAUACAGAGUUAUAAAACAUAUGAGGAAAAACAAACUACCCAGCAAAAUUGUUGUGAUAUUAUGAAUUUCAUUAUGCAAAAAAGUUAGUCUUUUUAGAACAGGAAAUGUGACUUAGGAAAUUACUGUAUAUUGAAUAUAUAAUUUAAAUUUGGAGGCCCACGUUGAUUCAAUAGUAUUGUGCUACUUUGAAGAUAUUAAUCUAUUAAACUACAAUUACUGUACAAAGAAAAAUAUUGGUUAAAUGCAUUUUGCUUGUACAUGAAAUAAAUACAUUAAAAUGAAUGCAGUGUAGUAGGUGAAAAAAAAGCAAUUUGAAAGUUUGUAAAGUGAAAAUUGAAUAUUGACCAAUUUAAGGCAAAGACAAUAUGGGAAUGUGCAACAGGUAAGGCCAAAUCUGCUUGUAUGUGUAAAAUAUAAUUUAGCCAGACUAUCACUCCCGUGCAAGACCCUGCAGUUCACCUGAAAUGUUUACCCACCCAUGCCUGGGGCUACCUUUGAAAAGCACAAGGAUAGUAUGGAAUUUUGAAGCGUCCAACAUCUUUUUGGCUCGAUUGAAACUUGUGACAACAGCAAAAACAACUUACAUAGGAUAUAUAGCAAGAGACUGUUAUAAUUGUUUCUUUGUUUUCUAAAGAACAAUAACUUUGUAUGUUGUCUGAAUCUUUUUUGUAGAAUCAUUUUUAGGUCAUUUUCUAUAUGUGAGAGUGAGAAGGACCAAAAUCAUACUCAAGUUUGAAAGAUUGGUGCAGACAUUUGACUUGCUGACUAUAUAUGGUUUAAAUCAAACAUCCCUUUUUGUCUCUUUGAAGAGCAACAGGGUACAGUAGGUAAAGUAAAGACAGCAUCCGCCUACAAGCACAAUUUGGAUCUGUAAACUACCACCUCUAACAAUAGGUGUAGCCAAUACAGAAAUCUCACGUUUGCACUGUGCAUACUAUUUCUGCCUGAAAUUAUUUGGAAAAUGUAGGUUUUCCUUUUCCUGAUAACCAGUUAAGUGGUAAGACAUUGUGUUGCAGUAAGCCAAUGCUAAUUCUGAUCGAUAUAUUAAACUGUGAGAAUGAAUAAUCUACAGUGGCUGCUGCAUUGGAGACUGUACGAUGGAUUUAUUUGAUAGCCACCACUAUUCUGACUGGAACCGUUUACUUGUAUAUCUAUUUAGUAACCCACUUCUCAGGAACAAAGGUGGACGUGACCAAAUUCUCUCAGAUACUACCAUUAUACACUGAAACAAUGAAUGCUGUAUUUAAAAAAAAAAAAAAAAGACACACCUAUUAUGAAAUAUCUGACUGUUUCUCCCAUUAAUCCAACAUACCUUAAGAAGCAGCAAAACAUGAAUACACAAAUUAGUAAGAAAACCUAAAAAAAUACACACACGCAUAAUUGGGCACACUCGAAAGCUGAUCCAAAUUGUUGCCUCUAUUCUGUGUGCUAUUCAGCUAGCAUAAUUUCUUUCAGUGUAAAUGAACUGUGACGGCCUUCACUCAGUCAUUUUAGUAGAAGCCUUGAUGAGUUUCUAUCCUGUGGCGAGUGCAGAUUUUUAAUAUCAGACCAGGAGAGAGAAAGAGAGAAACUUUGGCUCAAUCAGAGGACAAAGUCGGCAAAAGCACUGUUAACACAACAGGACACAGCCAGAUGCUAUAGGCCAACACCACUGAAACUACUCCUUUUCAUAGGAUUAAGAAAAACCUAUUAUUACAUAUCAAGUUUGCUCGGCAAUAUAAAAUAUAUAUAUAUAGAAGCUGACUUUGUGACAGACCACAGAUAUCACUGUAUUACUAUAAAGGAGGAUCAAGAAAAUUUGCUUCUGUGGCAGCUACAUGCGACAGGAAUCAGGUUGAAUCAGUCCCGUUUCUUUUCUUUUAUUUAUGUUUUUUUUUCUCUCAAAGAUAUGUGAUAUAAAAUGUGCAAUGACAAAGGGUUCCGUAAAUUUUGUAUAAAGUUACCAUACUGCAGUUUUCUCUCUUGAAUGAUGUUGUAAACUGGACUGUGUAAUACAUGUAUCUGUGAAUGUCCGUACAACCUGAGUUUUUCUUUUCUUUUGUCUAAAUGUUGAACAAUAAGUGUGAUAUUAUUUGCUGUUUUCUGCAAUAAUAUUAUUAUCUCAGAAACUAAAGCACAUAUCUCUCUCAUCUGUAAAAAGUAUAAUUACAAUAACAGAAUAGAGUAAUAAUAAAGAUGAUGAUAAUAAUAAUGUAAUAGAAAUGUCUAGUCAGAGAAUAUUGUUUUGUAUAUUUCUAGCUGUUUCAUGGGCCUAAUGUAAAAUAUUCAAUGUAAAAAUAUAAUAAAUGUCUUUAGAUGGUGUUAUAUGAAAAAGCAUGAUUGCAAUAUAUGUUAUCUGCAAAAAUAAAUAAAGACCUAUAGAUUAUAA